AUGGCGCCCAACGACCGCCGCAGCUCGCCGCCGAACGAGCUCACGCCGCUCUGCGCGUCGCCCGAAGUGCAGACGAUCCUCGUCGUCAACGACAACAUGCGCACCAACAUCAACGGCGUCGUGACCAUGUUCAACAACAUCGAGGGCCUCGCCGAGCGCGACGGCUUUCGCCUCGUGUACCUCAACCCGAGCGAGUUCCCGCACUUCGACUGUCCUGGGUACCCGGACAUCAAGAUGUCGCUGCCCAUCGGCUUUGACGACAAGGUCGCCAGAAUCGCCCCCGACUACAUUCACAUUGCGACCGAGGGGCCGUUGGGCCUCGCGACGCGCAUCUACUGCGACCGCCGCAACAUCAAGUACAACUCGGGCUACCACACCAAGAUCCCCGAGUACAUCAACGUCAUGUACGGCGUGCCCGAGAGCUUUGGGUACGCGUACCUCCGCUGGUUCCACCGCAACUCGGCGCGCGUCCUCACCACGACGUCGAGCAUGGUCCACGAGCUCGAGCACCACGGGUUUUACAACCACAUCAAGCCCAUGACGUUUGGCGUCGACCGGCGCAUCUUUCGAAGCGCGCUGCGCAGGACGGACUUUCUCGGGCUGCGCCGCCCGAUUUUGCUCAGUGUCGGGCGCGUCAGCAAGGAGAAAGGGCUCGACGACUUUUGCAAUCUAGCGUACCCUGGCACCAAGAUUGUGGUCGGCGACGGCGCGUACCGCAAGGAGCUGCAGCACAAGCACCCCGACAUCGUCUUUACCGGCUUUCAGAAAGGCAACGCGCUGGCCGAGUACUAUGCCAACGCCGACGUGCUCGUGUUUCCGUCGCGCACCGACACCUUUGGCGUCGUCAUCAUCGAAGCGCUUGCGGUCGGGACGCCCGUCGCCGCCUACAACGUGACGGGCCCCAAAGACAUUUUGGAGCAUGGCGUCACCGGCAUCAUGGGCGACGACCUCCGCGCCAACGUCGACGCGUGCUUGACCCUCGACCGGCGCCAGGUCGAAGACGCGAGCGCCGGCUGGUCAUGGGAGAAUUGCUGGCAGAUCUUUCGCCGCCACCUCAUCAAGCGCGACCACCAAAUGGUCCUCUACUAGCGUCUCCCUCUCCGUUGUGUCUCUGUGUGUUUGAUCCUUAAAUCC